AUGCUCAGCCCGUCCCUCGCUCCCUGGCAGGCGACCACGCUCGCGUGGGCACACGCACAUGGCCUCGCGGGUCGAGAGCGUAUCAAUCGGACUUACGUCGGUGCGAGCCCCGACCCCGUCCGACGACUGCGCCAGCACAACGGCGAGCUCUCGGGAGGUGGCGCGCCCGCCGCGGGACGGCCGUGGCGCAUUCUUCUGGUUGUGCGCGGCUUCUCCUCGAAGAGUGAUGCGCUCGCUUUCGAGUGGGCGUGGCAGAAGCCGCACACCAGCCGGCACAUUGCGCGACAGUGGGGUGUGAAGGGAUUCGGGAAGUGCGGCACACGGUCAAAAGUGUCGGUGCGGUUGGCGGCGCUUGCGCUGCUGCUCGUGCACGGCCAUUGGGCCGGCGGGCUGCGCGGCUCGUCGCUCGUGCGUCAGGCCGCGGGCGGCGCUCUCGCCUCUGCUGAGGCGCGCUAG